CCGGGGGCUGGACGCGCGGGCCGGGCCAGGCAGCGCGGGGCCCGCUGCGGCAGGAGCCCAGGCGCGGCGGGAGAAGCGAGGCAGCCCCCCCGGCAGCCCGGGGCAGCCCCAGCCUUCCCGCAGGCGCUGAGGGGAACCCGCCCGAGGCGGGGGGGGCGGGGGGGUCGGAGCCGCCGCCCGUUGGGAUUCAAACGGGAGCGGCGGGUGCGGGCCCGGCCCGGCCGCCAUGAAGCCGCCGGCAGCGCGGCAGCGGCCCGCAGCGGAGCUGAGGCCGGGCGGCAGCAGGGGUGCCCGCAGAGAGCAGGAACUGAGAAGCAGUCUGCAGGAGCUGGUCAUCUACAUUGUUUUCCUGAGCGUCCUCUGUAUAUUGGCAUUCGGCAUGGUGAGCACAGACAUGUACUACCUGAACAAGGUCAUGGCCCAUGUCUUCCUGGAGCCCUCCUCGGAGGAUGACAGGAGUGGUUUCAGGAGAAUUGGGAGCAAAGAUGAUUUCUGGAAGUUUGCAGAGGGAGCUCUGUUGGAUGGACUGUACUGGGACAAAUGGUACAACAACAGGACGUUAACCCUGCAGGGCAACAACAGCCAGAUUUACUAUGAGAAUCUGCUGCUGGGAGCAGCCCGGAUCCGCCAGCUGAAAGUACAGAACAACACCUGCUCCAUCUACCCGUAUUUCCACUCAUUUUUAAGAGACUGUUACAGUGAAUAUAGCUAUCGAGUUGAAGACAGGUCUGACUUUGGACUAAAGAGCACAUCUGAAUGGAAAUACACCUCAGGCUCCUCAUUAUCCCUGUGGUACUGGGGAUCCAUGGGCUGGUACAGCAGUGGAGGAUAUAUGUUCACCUUGCCUAAAUCCAAGCAGGAGAGCAGGCAGAAGUUGGUGUUCCUUAGGCAGAACAACUGGCUCACCAGAGGAACCAGGGUUGUAUUUAUUGACUUCUCAACAUAUAAUGCUAACAUAAACCUCUUCUGUAUCAUCAGGUUGGUGGUGGAGUUCCCGGCCACCGGGGGUGCUCUCACCUCCUCACAUUUCUACUCUGUGAAGCUCCUCAGAUAUGUCACAUACAAAGAUUACUUCCUGGCUUCUUGUGAAAUCGCCUUUUGCUGCUUCAUCAUCAUAUUCAUGAUCAAGGAAGCUAUAAAAAUGGCAAAACUGAAAAAGGAAUAUUUCAAAAAUGCCUGGAACUGGCUGGAAUUGCUGCUGCUGGUGGUUUCCAUCCUUGCCAUUGCCUUCAACAUCAACCGCACUGUCCAAGUGUCCCUGCUGAUGCAAGAGCUGCUGUCUGAUGCCUACGUGUAUCCAGACUUCUAUUUCCUUGCAUUCUGGCAAGUCCUUUAUAACAACAUGAUUGCUAUCAAUGUCUUCUUUGCUUGGAUAAAGGUAUUUAAAUAUAUAAACUUGAACAAAACCACAUCACAGAUGUCCUCCACAUUAUCUCACUGUGCCAAAGACAUCAUUGGAUUUUCCAUCAUGUUCUUCCUUGUUUUCUUUGCCUAUGCCCAGCUAGGCUAUCUGCUCUUCGGGUCACAAGUUGAAGAGUUCUCCACUUUCCAAAACUCCAUCUUUACACAGUUCCGUAUGGUGCUAGGAGAUUUUAAUUUUGCAACCAUAGAAGCAGUAAACAGAAUCCUUGGACCUCUUUACUUCAUCACAUUUGUAUUCUUUGUGUUCUUCAUAUUGCUGAGUAUGUUUUUGGCAAUCAUAAAUAAUGCCUAUUCAGAAGUCAAAGCAGAAUUUAAAAUGAUGCCCCGUCAACUGCAGAUAACAGACCUCGUUAAAAGGAGUUGCCAUAAUGCCCUUGUCAAGGUCAAGUUGAAGAAAGCAGCAGAUGACAGUUUGGAAAGCAAGGAAUUUUCAGCCACUGAAAGAAAGGAUAUUUCCAAGCUUUCUGAUGGAGACAUUGCUAAAGAGAAAGUGCAAGAAGAGCUCAGUCAGAAAUAUGCAUCUGCUGAGGACAUAGACUCAGUCACAUCUCAGAGCUACGUCUCCACUGCAGAAUUUCAAUGGCUCCUCAGGUACACACAGAAGCUGGGGAUGGAAUUAAGUCGUGCUAAUGCAAAAAUCAAUAAUAUUACAAAAACCAUGCAACAACUGACAGAUCCUUCAAGCAACAUGGCAUGAGCUCAUCUGGUGCUGCUUCAACCCUGAGAAGAACUGACCAGCCUUGUUAAGAGUUCUGGGUAGGCAGCCCUAGAAAAUGCCUGAACAACAUCCGUUCCCCUGCCUUGUCUUGGGGCUGCUGCGAGGCACAGAUGUGUGACCAGGAGAGCAGGUCAUGAGCACAGUCCAGCACCUGGGGCAUUAGCCCUCACUCGCCCAGACCACUUUCUUUUGCUGGUGCAUCUGCUGCCCAGGUUAAUGCUCAUCUCUCAGCAAUCCCUGUCCCAGGCACUUGUUGCUUCCAAAACAAGUUGCUGUUGCCUUCAGAGAAGAAAAAAAUAAAUUGUAUUGUUUCAGGAAAUA